UUGAAGAGGUAAGGUCACGAGUGAACGAUAUACUUUUGAUUAAAGUAACGACUGAUUCCACGAAUAAGAUUUUUAAAAGCCAACAUGAUGUUUCUAAAAUGGUCAUUAAAUAUAUUAGUAUACAUUACUGCAAUAACCAUGGCUACUUUUACCAAUGAAAACGCAAAAAUUAAGUGCCAUAGCGUACCUAAUUACCGUAAUUCAUUGAACAACAACUGUAUAAUGCCGAUUCAUUACAAUCUGGACAUGAUAAUGUUACCAGGAAAAUUACUAAGUGGCGAGCUAAAUGUCACUUUUUAUAUUAAUUGUGAAAUAUCAAAUAUAACUCUACAUACUACAAGAUCCUUGCUUAUAGUGAUGUUUAGAUCGCCUAAUGGAACAAUCUAUAUUCCAAAUUCUGAUUAUUCGGAGAAUUUUGCUACUUUCAAUUUCAUUAAAUAUUUAUCGCCUGAAAAUACACACAUAGAUUGUGGAGUUUAUACAAUGUACGUGAAAUAUGAAAUCAUAUUUGUUCAUCGGCAUUAUGGAAUGUACUAUAUAAAAAGAGAAGAUAGAAGAGAUAAAGAGUUUCUAUUCGCAACUUUACUUCAACCGAGAAAUGCUCGACAAUUAUUUCCGUGUUGGGACGACCCAAAAUUAAAAGCAACUUUUAACAUCACCGUCAAAUUCGAUACGGGAUACAAUGCUAAAUCGAAUACGAUACCAAUAAAAGUCGAAGUUUUGUAUAACAGGAUGAUACGUUUACUGUUCCACAUGACACCUAAAAUUUCUGUAAACGAUGUCACGAUUAUAAUGUUUGAUUUGCAAUCAGAUUAUAUUUCCAAGAUAAACAAUAUCUCUUUUUGGAGCAAAUGGGAUUUGAUACCUUACAUGAAAUGGGCGCAAUAUGUUGCUGGAAAUGUAAGCAUGUAUUUAGAAAACAAUUGGAGGAUUAUUUCGAGAAGCGAGCCAAAAAUGGAUUAUGUAGUUUUUCCGAUAGAUUUGACCGAGUAUAAAAAGCGGAAUUGUGGAGUGAUUUUAUUCAGAAAAAAAUGGUACAGGACUUUUCGACUCAGUUUUCUACGAGGAAUAUCGCCAUAUAAAUAUUGGGUGCCAAUUAAGUGACACCCUGUAUACAUAUAUGUAUAUAUAU